AUGCUUUUACUAAGCUGCCCCAAAACAUUGGGAUGGCGUUCAUUCAAAAUUGAUUUCACGCGCUUCGACUUCGAGGCGAAUUCCAAACUGGUCGAUGUCAAAGUACAUUCCAUAAACACUACUGGCAGUGGUCUUAGCCUUGUUCUCAACACCAUUGAGAUCAUAGAUGAUGUAGAUCUAUCAGCAAGUAUUGCUCUGGAAACGAAUACGGGCAACUAUACGAACUUGCUCAGUAAGACGUUCAAUUUUUGCAAGAUGAUAAGAGAGCGCAAUUCCGAGCCGCUGAUGCGCAGUAUCUAUCAGGAUAUGAUGCGUUAUGGCAAGUGGUUCACUGAGUGUCCCGUCAAAAAGGGCACUUACACACUGCAGAAUUAUCGAGUGGAUGAGGAGUUGUUGCCAAGCUUUCUGCCGGAGACCAAUUUCAAGAGCAGCUUCCGUUUCUCCGGGCCAAAGAACGAACAGAUAUUGAAGGGUAUACUUUAUGGACGUGUCGAUAAGUCCAAGGGCUUCAAUAAUCUCAAAAUGUUUAGCAUGGGCUAA